AUGGUAUUAAAAUUUAAAGAUAAAAGAGAUUUACACAUGUUAAGCACAAAACAUACAGAUAAUAUGGUUAUGGUUCCAAGAAGAGAAAAUAAAUCAAAGCCAGAAGUAGUAUUAGAUUAUAACAGAUGUAAGUCUUUUAUUGAUCUUUCUGAUCAAAUGGCUUCAUAUGGCUCACCUCUUAGAAAAUCAUUAAAAUGGUAUCGUAAAGUAUUUGAACUUCUUCUGAAUACAUCAGUUGUAAAUGCUUUAUGUUUGUUUCAAAAAACAACUGCAACACGCAUUAAGAUAACUGAUUUUAGAUCAAAUUUGAUAAAAUAUCUGACAUUCAAACCCAAUAUGAAUCAAGAACUAUCAAACAAACAUGUACUCACAACAGCCAAAAGAAACAGAUGUGUUCAAUGUUACUUGAAUAUUGCUCAAGAAAAAGGAAGAAAAUAUUCUCAAAGUCAUUGCAAAAAAGUCACAACAAAAUGUUUUAUUUGCAACAAACAAUUAUGUGUUCCUUGCUUUUUUGUAUUACACAAAACAUAG